AAAAGGGCUGUGAGGCGUGUGGCAGGGCUGGACUAAGAGCACCUUGAUGGCUACUUCCCAAUGCGAUGAUUAGAAAGAGCCCGACCGACAUUCACAUUGACCAUGACAAAGGAAGACAACCGUAUACAACUUCUCUCCGACUCCCUUUCUCUCCUACAAAACCUCGAGUCUGCUGCUCCCCUACCUGCAUCUCUAUCGUCGACCUUUCAAGGUCUUCUUGUCCGAAGCUCGAAAGCUACCUGCAGCUCCCACGAGACGAGCAUCCAGCACAACGCCGACUGAUCCUCACACCCGGCGCUCUUCGCGGCAGACCUAAUAAUCUCUCUAUAUUUCGCAAAUAUGGUGGAACACAUUGACAAUGACACACGGGGCUGGAUUAUGUGUGUCGUCAGUGGCAUCGCAUGUGUCCUGGGAGCCAGCAUAAUAUGCGUCGAUGUCUUAAUACGGUAUAUACCGAGCAUGAGGAAUUUCAAAAUACAGGAAAGCGGUGCAUUCCUUGCUGCGUCCAUGAGCUUAAGUUUUGGCGUUAUGCUCUUUUCCGCCUUGUAUAGCAUGUUACCCUCCUCGAAGAAGUACUUGAUACUGAGCGGUUUCACUCCUUCAGCUGCUGCAUGGAUAUUACUUGCUGGGUUCUUGGGUGGCUUUGUAGGAAUCCAGAUUGUCUCGAGGUUUCUGCAUCAUUACAUGCCUUCUCAUGCUGUGGGAUGCGACCAUACCCACGAAGAAGGUCACCAUGACCACGAUCACAGCCAUACUAAUGGCAAGGGGCAUUCGCAUGCAGCCCAUGGUGGCAUCAAUGGGCACGCACAUGAGUCAACACCUUUACUAUCGGCACAGAAUGAAACAAGUUCGAAGCUCUCCCCACACCGACAUGGACAAGGUUUCGGAGGCGAUGGUGCAUCGCAGAGUCGAGGUAAGAAGGCAUCAAAGGAUAAAAAGAACAAGAAGUCCGGCGAUGAUGACACGAAAUCUGACAAGCGGAGACCAUCAAUGGUCGAAGUUCAAAAGAGGGUUAUGUCGUUUGUGAAAGACACCAAACCGAAUUGCGAUUCUACUGGCCCAUGUUUUGGUUAUACGGAUCCGUGUGGGCAGGGUUGUUUUAAGUUCAACGUCAAUUCGAGGCGGUCUACCAUUCCAUCCCGUAUAUCAUCUUCCACGUCUUUGGCUGCGGCUCCAGAAAUAGAAGUCGUGCCGGCAUGUAGCGCCAGCAGAACAUCUAAGCCGCACGUACACUUGCACGAGGAAGACGACGAAGCUUGCGAAUCAGACGAUGAAGACCUCGAGGCACAACAUCAUCAUCACGUACCGGAAAACGAGUUCCUUAGCAUAGGUCUUCAGACUUCCAUUGCCAUUGCUCUUCACAAAUUGCCAGAAGGGUUUAUUACUUACGCUACCAACCAUGCGAACCCAUCGCUAGGAUUUUCGGUCUUCAUGGCCUUGUUCGUCCACAACAUCACCGAAGGCUUCGCCUUGGCGCUUCCCCUAUUCCUCGCUUUGAACUCUCGCUUACGAGCAAUGUUCUGGGCAUCGUUGCUAGGAGGGGUUUCGCAACCAUUAGGAGCAGGAAUUGCAGCAGCAUGGUUUAAGAUCGCCGGCCGUGAAGGCCACGCACCCGGCCACGCUGUAUACGGAACGAUGUUUGCUAUCACGGCUGGCAUUAUGACGAGCGUUGCCCUCCAACUCUUUGUCGAGGGUUUGAGUUUGAAUCAUAACCGUAACCUGUGUAUUGCAUUUGGGUUUAUUGGAAUGGGCAUCAUGGGCACGAGUAAUGCGCUCACUUCAUAACAUAGCCUUUGAGUUUGGAAAGGCUGGAGCUGGAUUGGACGUGUGACUGUAUUAUGAAUCAUGAGUCAUGAGCACUUUGGGAGGCGUUCAGACCCUCUAGAGUAUUGGGUAUAGGCUCUGGCGUUAUAGCGGGUACAUUAUUAGAUGGCUUGUUGGGUUUAAAAUGUGAAUACAGCUCUGUUGUUGGCUUUGCUAGCCAACCAUGAUUGUAUUCAUGUCUGCUUGAUCGCUCGCUAACAGUGCGAAAUGCUCGUGAGAAUUUAUGCAUUCUAUGGC